GAGCGAGCGAGCGGCGGCGCAUGCUUCAUGAAUGAGUCCCCCCUCCACCGCCACAGCAGGUCGGACCCCCCCAUCCGCCUGCACCCCGAUGCCCGUGUGGGUGCGCAGCCCGGCGGCGAACAGUAGAGGAGCCAGCCGCCAAUGAGCCCGGACGGUAAACACUCGGCACCGGAGCUACAUGACCGUUUCAUCCCAUCAGGAACCACACGACAGGAUAAGAUGCUUGAUGGACUCAGGCGGAGGCACGCCUCCCGGCCCUCCUCCAGACCCCUGUCACUCAACUUCAGCACCUUCUCUGCCCCUCCCCCGAGCCCUGACAUGGACAGCAGCAGCGAGCAUCCAAUCAGGAGGACUCUGCACCGGCUGAAGCUGAUGAGCUCCCCCAGCCUCAGCGAGCUGGGGAAGAGCGAGAAAAGUUCUCCAGAGGACAGAGGAGAGAAGCAGAAGAGGGCAGGAGCCAACGCCACCUGGAACAGCAUCCACAACGCUGUCAUCGCAGUCUUCCAGAAGAAGGGUUUGGCAGAUAACGAACUCUACACGCUCAACGAAGGUGUCCGGCAUCUGUUGAAGACUGAGUUGGGGUUUUUCUUCACAGAAUACCUUCAGAACCAGUUGCUGACAAAAGGCAUGGUCAUCCUGCGGGACAAGAUAAGGUUCUACGAAGGUCAGAAGUUACUCGACUCUCUGGCAGAGACCUGGGACUUCUUCUUCUGUGAUGUUCUCUCAAUGCUGCAGGCCAUCUUCCAUCCGGUCCAGGGGAAGGAGCCCUCUGUCCGACAGCUCGCGCUGCUUCACUUCAGGAACACGAUAGUCUUGAGUGUAAAGUUAGAGGACGCCCUAUCUCGACCUCGGGCCCGUGUGCCCCCCUCUGUCACACAGAUGCUGCUUAUUCUACAGGGGGUCCAUGAGUCCCGUGGUGUGAAUGAGGAGUACCUGCGGCUGGAGUCCUUGAUUCAGAAGGUUGUCUCGCCCUACCUGGGCACGCACGGGCUUUACUCUGCAGAUGGUGCUGAGGCCAAUUGUUGUGUUCUGGAAAAGCGUUUACCGUGGGGCUGGUCCAAGUCUGCUGACCAGCCGUCUAAAAACCCUGUGGUACGAUCGAAAAGCUACAAUAUCCCUCUACUGCUGACCCCUGUGGCUGAGUAUGACCCAGAUGCCAGCUCUGUUGGCAGCGGAGGAAUUCGGCGCCACUCGGCCUGUGAGAUUAUCACAUGCCUGGAGGAGCAAGGUCUGGCCUACGCUGACUUGGCCUCAGGCUCUGAACUGUCUGGCCCCUCCUCCAACAGGCUGUGUGUGGGCUCUCACUUCAACGGUAUCGUACAAGCGGGGGCGAGUGCCAUGGCAUUGCCUCUGUCGUCUGCCUCUAUCCUUCCCCUUCAUUCCUCAGGAGCUCUGCACGGCACUGAGGCCACGACAACAAUGACUGAUCUCAGUAAGGGAGCGUCCUCCACACCGCCCAGUGAAUCAUCCAGCCCUGAAACCAUAAUUGGACAAGUGCUAGAGUCUGCAGACUCAGACUCAGAUGGGAUAUUUAUUGAUUUCCCACCUCACUCUGCGGAGUCGAUGGGGUACAGCCGCGAGAGCAGGCAGAGCACUGUGUAGCAGUGGUUGCCUUUAGGAACCCCCCCCCCCCCCCCCCCCCCCGCCCCCUCCUCCUCCUCCUCAUUCCAGUGUGUACGGUAAUAAUCUGUGAGACAGAUUUAAGAAAUAUCACAGCUACAUUUCAUUAAAGUGGUACCAUCUUCUCUUCUUAUGAGUCCAUUUCAAGUGCUUUCACUGGUGAGUGAAAACCUCGCAACUCUAAGUUUUCAACUUUUUAAGAACUAAGAAAAAAAUCUUUGUCCAACAAAAUACAAAUGCCAGUGGAAUUAUCGUUAAAGGACUGAAAUGUUUUACCAGGUAAGGUUUCUCUAUAAACCUAAAUAAAUCAGAUUAUGUCCUUAAAGGUCCAGUGUGCAGGAUGUAGGGGCAUCUAUUGACAGAAAUGGCACAUAAUAUUCAUAACUGUCUUCAUCAGUGUGUAAUCACCUGAAAAUAAGAAUCCUUGUGUUUUCGUUACCUUAGAAUGAGCUGUUUAUAGCUGUACUUGAAGCAUAUCCUCUCCCACAGAGCCCGCCAUGUUCUACAGUAGCCCACAAUGGACAAAUCAAACUCUAGCUCUAUAUAGGGCCAUAGUAGUUCUUCUACACGCUUGGCACAUGUGAGAAGUUUGAGUUCCGCAACCUCACCACUAGCCAUGUGCACAAUUAGACUGGUAGAUAAAGUCAGCACCAGAAAUACUAGCAAGUUAAAUUUAUCAUUUAAAUUAUUAUUAUUUUAUUGACGCACACAUUUAAACUGCAUAUUGACAUAAUUUGCACUGAAGUGUCAUGUCUUCCUAGUCAAAUGUUGCUAUAUAAAAAAUAAAAAACAAGCAUCUGUUAGCUGCUAAUGCUAACAACAUCAGACAAAAAAUAAAAUGCAGGAAAAAAAAUAGCAAGGUGUAAAGUUGGACAAAUAGGACAUCUCAUAGAAUCACAGCGGUUGGUGGUAUUUUAAUUUUAUCAUGUGAGCUGUUGUCAUGUUAUAUAGGGUAACACACAAGGCUCAUAAAGCAGAGCGCAAGUGCCACACAUUUCCGCGGCGUUUAAAUACGCUAGGGUUAUUGAAAAAUGUGAUUAACAAUUUCAAAUGGCUCUUGUAAUAUACCCAACAACUUUUUCAGUUUAAACCUUAAAGUUUAAAAUGUGCUUAAUUUUGACUGUUUUCAUUUUAGGUCAUUUUAGUCAGUCAUUAGGAACAUCCCUGUUUACCGCGAGAUGCCAGUACUACACACACUGGACCUUUAGGUGAUAAAUCAAUCAUAAAUUAAAGCAUUCUAUAUUUUUUAUAUUGACAACAAAUCCCUUGAAAAGACCAAAAUCCAGAGUAAACUGAUCCCACAGGUUUCGCCUCUGUGACCAAAACCCACUCUUAUUCCACUGACCUUGUCGCCUCAGACCUUGAAUUUUGUCCGAAAACGACUAGAAACAAACAAUGAGUCACACACACACACUCUACAUUUGAUUGAACAUGAGCACUGUAGUUGAUUUUGAUUGUUGGAAGUGUAAAUGCUCACUAAUCGACAAAUGUGUCUUAAUCUGUGUCUAAAAAUAGUCUCGAACAAAUGCACUAUUUACUCCUGUUUAAGUAACUUGAGUAACUAAUGAAAACUGCAGUGUUCAGCUUUUUAGAGGAAUUAUUCAGCCUUCUUUAAAUUUAAACUGUAUAUUUGUGACCCAUUUUAAAGAUUUAUGUCUUCAAUAGAAACACAUGGGUUUGGGGCUGAGUGUCACAGACAUACCAGGACCCAUAGAGGAGCAUGUAAUCCCUUAACUGAAAUUAAAAUCACUAAACUGGAGUUAAGAGGUUUUCAAACAGCAUCAGUUUCUUACCUCUGCUGAGGAGGUGGCUAUUACAGCCGUCAUUUACAUUUUUACUUUGGAAAAAUGACAGAAACUUUGCUUAUUUAUCAUGGAUUUUUUUUGUAUAUGUGUGUUUUUUGAGCCUCACAACAGUUUUAUAGUUUCUGUUUACACUCUGUCAUCUGCCUCUGGGCAGUAACACAGUAAUGAGGUCUUCUGCUCGCUGUUUUGUACGACAUCUAAUGAAAAUGUGGACUGUUGGAAUUGUUUCUAUUGUCAGCGGCAGUCAUAGAGGUCUAAUGCAAACUCCUCUUAGAGCGAACAUCAGUGUGACAGCUUUUCGGUAUUAGCUCUGUGCAGCGGGAGUUUGAGGAAUGACGAUGUUUAUUGUUUACAUUUGAUAAAGACAUGAACAUUUUGACUGAAUGUCGUCUCACACUGUAUUUUGCACCACCACUACCUUGUAAAUAAAAAUGCAUUGUUGGUUUUUAGGACAGCUAGAUCAUGUAAAGUGAGCUUUUACCUUUAAAUGAAUUGAGAUUUUAAUAAGGGCUUUUUAACGGAAUCUUUUUCAAAUGAUGUUUUACCUCAAGCGUUUUGUACUUUACUUUUUUUGACAAUCUAUGAUGUCUACGGAGUUGUACUUUGUAUUAAUUUGUUAUACUAGCCCAGUAAAAAUUAAAUAAAUUUUAAUAGUAUUUAAAAA